CUUUUCUUGUUUUUUGUGUUUGAGAUACCCCCAAUAUAUAUCCCACAAUCAUGACUUCAAUCCAACUUGAGACCCCGACCACGGGCAAGUACGAGCAGCCCACCGGUCUCUUCAUCAAUAACGAGUUCGUCAAGGGUGUUGAUGGCAAGACAUUCGAGGUUAUCAACCCCUCGAACGAGAAGGUUAUCUGCUCGGUCUACGAGGCCAGCGAGAAGGAUGUCGACAUUGCUGUUGCAGCUGCUCGCAAGGCUUUUGAGGGUGACUGGCGCAAGGUCACUCCCAACGAGCGUGGCAAGCUUCUGGUUAAGCUUGCCGACCUCUUCGACCAACACUCAGACCAGCUUGCCGCUAUCGAGGCUCUCGACAACGGCAAAGCUUUCACAAUGGCCAAGGGUGACGUCGCUGCUGCAUCUGGCUGCUUGAGAUACUACGGUGGUUGGGCAGACAAGAUCGAGGGUAAGGUUGUCGACACCAGCCCCGACACCUUCAACUACAUCAGAAAGGAGCCCAUUGGUGUUUGUGGUCAGAUCAUCCCCUGGAACUUCCCCAUCCUCAUGUGGGCAUGGAAGAUCGGUCCCGCCAUUGCUUGCGGUAACACCGUCGUUCUCAAGACCGCCGAACAGACCCCCCUGUCUGGUCUCUAUGCCGCCAACCUGUGCAAGGAAGCUGGCUUCCCUGCCGGUAUCGUCAACAUCAUCUCUGGUUUCGGAAAGAUUGCCGGUGCCGCCAUUGCCUCGCACAUGGAUGUUGACAAGGUUGCCUUCACCGGUUCCACUCUUGUCGGAAGACAAAUCAUGAAGGCCGCUGCUGGCAGCAACCUGAAGAAGGUCACUCUCGAGCUUGGUGGCAAGUCUCCCAACAUUGUCUUCGACGAUGCCGACAUUGACAACGCCAUCUCAUGGGUCAACUUUGGUAUCUUCUUCAACCACGGCCAGUGCUGCUGCGCCGGCUCAAGAGUCUACGUCCAGGAAGGUAUCUACGACAAGUUCGUUCAGCGCUUCAAGGAGCGUGCUCAGAAGAACGUUGUCGGUGACCCCUUCGCUGCCGACACCUUCCAAGGUCCUCAGGUCUCGCAACUUCAGUUCGACAGAAUCAUGGGUUACAUCAAGGCCGGUCAAGACGAGGGUGCCACCGUCGUCACCGGUGGUAAGCGCAAGGGCAACGAGGGCUACUUCAUCGAGCCCACCAUCUUCGCCGACGUCAAGGAUGACAUGUCCAUUAUGCAAGAAGAAAUCUUCGGUCCCGUUUGCUCCAUCGCAAAGUUCAAGACCAAGGAAGAAGCCAUCCGCGUCGGCAACAACACCACAUACGGUCUCGCCGCCGCCGUCCACACCUCCAACCUCAACACCGCCAUUGAGGUCUCCAACGCCCUGAAGGCUGGUACCGUCUGGGUCAACACCUACAACACCCUUCACUGGCAGCUUCCCUUCGGUGGCUACAAGUCAUCCGGUAUUGGUCGUGAGCUUGGUGAGGCCGCUCUUGACAACUACCUCCAGACCAAGACUGUCAGCAUCAGACUUGGUGAUGCCAUGUUCGGUUAAACGAAAUGUUAAUGUCUGUGUGUAAUGGGGGUACUUUUUAACGACCUUGGGCUCUAAGCUAUCUUACGAUUCAACUGUAUCUAUCUUCUUUAACCAAAUUUUCACUUUGACAUGAC